AGUUAUAAACACGAUCACAGCAGGUAAUAACGAGUUCACGACGUUACAGUUAUCGACUUACCGCUAUCACUAUCUUGCUGCUGGACACGACAGACGCGCGUUUCUUCCAAAUACUUAUCACGUUACUGACGAUGACGUGGGUUAUUUAUUGCUAAUUUAAAUACAAACGAGAUGCUUAAUGAAAGCCAACCUGUUUAUUUCUAUAACAAAAUAGUGGAACAACGGCGCAUGCGCUCUUUGGACUUUAGUGAGCUUCCGGUACGGUAAGGAACGGGCAUGGCAGGCGAACAGAUGGCUGCUGAGAGCACGCAGCACAUCCUGGUGACUGUGGAGCGAGGCCUGCAGACAGUCACCUUCAACCGGCCACACAAGAAGAACGCCAUGACCCGACAGAUGUACGCAGCCCUGGAGCGCACGCUGCGUGAGGGCGCAGCUCGUGAGGACGUGCUGGUGACUGCCUUGACGGGCACUGGUGACUACUUCAGCAGCGGCAACGACCUGUCUGCCGCGCUUAAUGCUUCGGGAGACCCGCGCAUGUCAGCACACGAGGCUUGCCUCCCUGUGAGGCGGCUGGUGGAGGCUCUCAUCGACCACCCCAAGCUACUGGUGGCCGUGGUGAACGGACCUGCCGUGGGCAUCGCCGCGACCCUGUUGGGGCUGUGCGACGCAGUGUACGCCUCUGACCAGGCAACGUUCAGCACACCCUUCACACGGCUUGGGCUGAUCGCCGAGGCGUGCUCCUCCUACACGUUCCCGCGCAUCAUGGGCCACCUGCAGGCCAUGGAGAUGCUGUGCUUUAACAAGCGGCUGGACGCGCACGAGGCUCGCCGGUGCGGGCUGGUGUCAGAGGUGCUGUCCCAGGCGAGCCUGGCCGAGGUGUGGCCCCGUCUCCACCAGAUGACAGCACUGCCUCGUCAGUCAGUGCUGGCCACCAAGCGACUUGUGAGGCAGCACUGCCGUGCAGCGCUGCACGAGGCGUGUCGUCUGGAGUACGCGGAGCUGCAGGAGCGCAUACAGUCAGAGGAAUGCGCGGCCGCUCUCGUUCGCUUCAUGACUGAGCGCAGCAAGUUGUGAGCCUCCGGCCUACUCAGCUUGGCAUCGGGUCGUAUCUACUUUCCAGACACCUCACCUUUUACAAUGUUGCACAAGUCUGGAUUUUAGCCAUCAGGCAGUUGUCCUUACCACCCUGACAUGCCUCAUCAGUCAUCAUCAAACCAGUUUUAGUUUGUCUGUUCCAGAACUAUAAUAAUGAAACAGUUUGCACUUCCUUUAACUACAGGGUCUGCUACUUUCACUUCACAAGUGAAGUCACUGGUUACUGUCAGUCUUCUCUAAGUGUUUAUGCCAUCUGGGAGUGGGGGGGUUUUCUAAUGUUGGAAUGUGCACUUGUUUGCUGUGUGCACAUCUGCUGCUCAUCCAGGACAUGAACAUCAGGCCUGGCCAAGUCACAGAGACUGCAGUGCACAUGCUUUGCAAGCAUUCCAAACAAUGUCCAUCACAUUAAAUACUUGCACCUGCUGACUUCUUUGCAGAAAAACAUUAACUCAUGCGGUAUACUGCAUGUCCACUUAAGGCCAGCAAAUUUUCUUCCUCAGAUAUUAAUCUAAAAUUAAUUUUAGAUUUCACUCAUACAUAAAUGUGGCUCUUAGGGAAAAAAAUUAAAAAUACUAUUAUUAAGUACAUGAAAAAAAUAUAUAUAAAUAUUUUUGUUUACAAUCGGUAAAUAGAUUUACAUGAGGUAGAACAUCAAAAUACCAUAACUUCACAAUAUGAUCGUAAACCUCAAGUUAUCAACUUCAUGUUGUCCCACUCUCUCAAGAUGUUUGUACAUCGUCAAUUAGGUUCACACUGGUUCAAGUUCAGUAUCGUACAAUGCACAAAGCACUAAGUAGGUAGUGUUCACAGCUGGCAGCAAUCUGACCAUAAACUGCUCUCACCCUUUUCACGACUGGCUUGGAACAAUCCUGCCGCAUCUGCACAUGCUGUCCACUCGAGUGGCAGGUAUAUACCCUUGCACGCACGUGCAGCAAUAAUGCUAACACUGUUUUAUUUCAACAAGCUACAUCACAUAUCACAGGCUGCAUCACUCGACCGACAACACUGCCCAUACGUACCUGUGCCCAGAUAGACUUGCAGCUAGGCUCCACUGGUAUCCAUUUUCAUACAAUUUAAGUAUCUUAUAAGUUUUUGUUAAUGGUCAAUAAAGGCGACUGAAUUAUUUA